CCCUGAAUACUUGCCAGCGGUUCACAGGUAGGACUCAAAGACUAUCCCUCUAACUAAAUACACCACUCUCUCUUAAUACAUACACAUACUCACACAGAUGCACAGAGGCAAUUCAGGUUUGCUCAACAAGCCAAAUCGAGCAUCGCUUAUCAGACGGAAUCGACUUCGAUCCCCUCCACUUCGACUUCGACAUCGAUCUUCUCCACUUCAACUUCGACUUCGAUUUCAAUUCAAGCACACACACACACACUCCCUCUCUGUGUUCAGUGCAAGACAAACAGAGGGUAUAAACAAUAACCCUAACUCUAACCCCAACCCCAAUCAACAAUCUCUCUCUCUCUCUCUCUCGCAGAGCACAGAAGCAUCGCCCACUAUAAUUUUCCAAAAUUUAGGGAUCAAAGUCGAGAUUGUGGGUUUAGAAAGAAUUGGGGCUUGAUUGCCCAUAGAGGCCUUGGAAAAUCAAGUUCUAAAUCCAUGUGUGUGUAUGUGACUGUGGGUUGUUGUGUUGUGGAUGUGUAUUUUGUGGUUUUUGUGUUGGGUUUGAGGGUGGAGACGCAAUAACAAGAGAGCAGAGAUUAGUGAGGGAGACAUGUUGGGUUUGGGGUGGAGACACAGUAACAAGAGACGGAAGACGAGAGAAGGAGAUGUGUUGGGUUUAGAGGUAGAGACGCAGCUAGAGAGGAGAGAGGAGAGAGGAGAGAGGGAGAUACGUUGGGUUUGGUGAUGGAGACGCAGUAACGA